GUGAUAUGGGUAAACAUGCCGUGGCCCCUGCCAGUUGAUUCUCGUUCAAUCUUGAAUAGAGCGGAUAACGCCGAAACGAGGCAUCUGAAUAGGAUGUUGAUCGUAGAUGCAAAUUUUCGAGCAUCUCAACUAUUCCGUGCUGCUGGUUAUGAUGUUCUUGACAUCGCUUUUUACAUGAGGAACCAGGCUCUUUAUGUUUACCGGGUAAAGGAUGGAGUACACUGGGAUUCUAUUGGAACGCGAAUUAUGUCUCAAUUAGUAGUUGGCCAUCUAGCUCGUUCGCUGAAUAUACCUCUUCCAGAGGUUAUUAUGAAGAAGCUGAAUGAAUUUGCAGAAGAUGCGCUCGCUUACGACCAGCAUAAAAAUUGGGCUGUCUACUCACUUCUUGCGUUUGAUAUCUCCACAAUCUCUGAGGGAACAAACGUGAAAGCUUCGUUUCCCGAAAUUCUUCAGCGAAGGAUUAGAGCUACAGUGCUGCGCAGUAUAAAGGAAGAAGAUCCUGAGUUAGUGGUUCUCGCAUCUUGUCAUUUUUUGUUCUUUGCUACUUGUUUAAGCAUAGACCGCAUCAAGAUCACUCAAUUCUUUGCGAAUAACUAG